UCCUUUCAAUGUUGUAACCUGUUCCAUUUAUAUAUAGAGACAAUACGCCUAACAAAUAACGAACCAAUCCCAACUGAGAAUCAAAGAAAUGGCGAAACAACCAGAUCUAAAGAAAAAGAUAUUGACGAUGAUACUGCCCAAAGCAGUAAGAGGAGCACUCACAUUUCAGAGCCCUCCGUUCAGCCCAAGGAGGGAUCUUCAAGUUGCUCACAAAUAUCAUAAACACGGUGGCCGGAAGGGAUCAAAAAUGAUUCCGGAUGAAGCUAGAAGAAGAUCAAACUAUGGCGACUCGGACAAUCGAAGUAGUAAGUCUCUUGAACCCACUUCACCAACAGUUUCGUGCAUGGGACAGAUCAAGCACAAGAAGCAUCAGCAUCAGCAUCGGCAACUAAUUAAGAAAGCCAAAUCCAAGCACGUGACACUACCCAAUGUACACCACGCGAGGCCACUUCUCAGAAAUGUUUCGGAGGUUAAGAAGAAGAAGAAGCAAACGUCGACGUUUCGGAGGAUAUUCCGGAGAGGAAGGAAAUCAUUAUCUCGUGCUUCGGAGGUUGACGGAGGAUCAGCCGUAGCCGCUCCGGCUCUGAGCCAGAUGAAGCGAUUUGCUAGUGGACGUGGCACUUUGGCUGAUUUUGAUUGGAAGGCCCAUGCGGUGGCGGCGCCGGAGGAGGAUGGCGAUGAAGACGAUGGGAUCCUAGUCUCAUUCUCUGAACCUAUUGUGGCUUUGCUUCCAAAGACAGAAAUUAAUCUGCGGAAGAGACGAAACAUGGCUCCUCCACCGCCUCUUAGUUCGAUUGCUCCGCCAACACUAUAAUCUGAUUUCUUUCUAUUUUUCACUUCAAUGUAUAUUUUGUCGUGCUUUUACUUUUCAUGGCUUUGUUCCAUUUGUUAGAUCAUUUAUGCACUCUGGUAAACUCGGCUGCGAUGGGGCUUGUGGUCUCCGUAUGUAUGAAUGAUUUUGAAAGUUUGUAAAUUAUUAGCAAAUUAAAGGA